AUAAAGAAAUAAAGGCAGCGCACUAGCAUAAAGCCUAUAUAAACAACGAGCUCUUGCGCAUUUGCCACAAACGCGAAGAAGCCGAGCAAGUGACAACACUGUGAGAUACAACAAUAACAACAAGUAAUCGUAGAAAACUACCGGUACAUUGAAUAACUGAACUGCUGUAAAGAACAAAGCUUGAAAUUUGACAAAAUGCAAUCGAUGGCAAAACAAUCUCUGCGUGCCCUACCGCAAAUGGGCAAACAAGUGAGCUACCUGUCAACCAACACUGCCUGCCGGGCAUCAGCUGGCGGCAAUGACAGUGUAGUGGAGAUUAAGGAGCCCAAGACAACCUCGGAAAAGUUCAUGGCAUUCCAAAAGAAACUUCGUGCCAAGACGCCCUUGGGUAAAUUAGACGAGUUCUCGCGCCAUCCCUACCAGGAAAAGGAGCCACUGAAGCCCUGGCCCAAUUCAACAAAUCCGUACACAGGCGAAAUCGGCGGACCCGCUGGACCAGAACCAACACGCUAUGGCGACUGGGAGCGCAAAGGUCGUGUCUCUGAUUUCUAGUCCAUGUCAGCACAACAACAACAACAAACUGUUCCUUAGAUUGUAGUUAGGCCCGUUUUUCAAUGUUAGAUUUAAGAUUAAGACCAUAACAAAUUGUAUACUCGAAGCAUAAUUAUAAAAUGUAUAAAUAUAAUGUAAU